GAGCCAUGAAGCCUACAGACUGCUUCUGGAGCUCUGGAGCCAGCCUGGUCUCCCGCUGUGCCUCUGACCAUCACGGUUCUGUCUCUUCUGUCAUAAACAGGAGCUGAGGGACCUACUGGCCCUUGAGUGGGGGUGUCGGAAACAGGCCUCAGGCACUGGCCCAAGCAGAGUCGAUGGUGCCUUCUUUGGGGUGAGCAGUGGUACCCGCAUCCCUGUGACGCAAGUGCCAGGGCCCAGGCCGCCUCGACCGACUUCAUCUCAUGGAGUCUCAGGGAGAGAAGCCAGGAGAGGCUGACAGGGUGCGUGUCACGCCCCAGCUGCUCAAGGCCCGCUCAGGUGAGUUUGCGCUGGAGUCCAUCCUGCUGCUGAAGCUGCGAGGCCUGGGGCUGGCGGAUCUGGGCUGCCUGGGAGAGUGCCUGGGCCUCGAGUGGCUGGACCUGUCAGGCAAUGAGCUCACCCAGCUGGGCCCACUGGCCUCCUUGCGCCAGCUCACCGUGCUCAAUGUCGCCAACAAUCGGCUGACAGGGCUGGAGCCGCUGGCCGCCUGUGAGAACCUGCAGAGUCUCAAUGCCGCAGGCAACCUCCUGGCCAGCCCUGGCCAGCUGCAGUGUCUGGCCGGACUGCGGGGCCUCGAGUACCUGCGGCUCCGCGACCCUUUGGCCCGGCUCAGCAACCCGCUCUGCGCCAGCCCCUCCUACUGGGCUGUGGUCCGAGAGCUGCUGCCGGGCCUGAAGGUCAUCGACGGGGAGCGUGUGACUGGGCGUGGCAGUGAGUUCUACCAGCUGUGCCGGGACCUGGAUAGCUCCUUGCACCCCAGCUCCAGUCCAGGCCCCAGAGCCACGGAGGCCCAGCCCUGGGUCGAGCCAGGGUACUGGGAGUCCUGGCCUACCCGGAGCAGCUCCAUCCUGGAGGAAGCCUGCCGGCAGUUCCAGGACACACUGCAGGAGUGCCACGACCUGGACCGCCAGGCCAACGACAGCCUGGCUCAGGCCCAGCAGGCGCUCAGCCCUGCAGUCACCACCUCAUCCUUCGUCUUUUGAAUGUGCCCUAUGGCCAUGGCCAGGGGCAGCCUGGCAUGUGGCUGUGGGGUCAGCAUAUUGUGGCCUAGCUGCCCACAUGUCCCCUCCUACCUGUGCACUAGUCUUCACAGUUUCAUCAUGCUGGUCACUGGCCCUGCAAACUGGGCUUUUCCUGAAUCCUUGUUCUUAAGAGCAACCCCCUUCCUUCCACUCCUACCUCAAGGAACAUCCACACCCACCCCCUACGUACUUCAGGGACGCACCUCCUGAGUGGCCUGUAGCGGGUAUAAGGCUCCUCCAUGAGCAGCUGGCGUAGUGUGAGGCUGUCCUGUCACCUACACUGGGCACCUGGGAGGAGGCCCGGUGCUGAGCCCGUGUGCUGGCUGCUUGCCCCUGAGAUUUAGUGGAAGAAUGUUGCUUCUGCCUAAGGCUAAAGGUGAGAAAGGCAGGGAUGGCGUGCCUCCUGUCCCAGCUGGUCCUGGGAGAGGACAUGGGCAGAGCCUGGAAGCCGGCUUUUACCCAUCUUCAAACUUUGCCUGUCCAAAUGACCCUCUGCUGUGGUCCCCUACUCCUGUGCCUCCCUGGAGCCUUCGCAGCCCAUUCUCAGCACGCUAAGCUAAUUCCUAUUAAAUACUUCUGUUUCACUUC